CUGUCAGUUCUUAUCGUUUCAGUUUUUGCGCCAAAAUAAACCGUCAAAUAAAAAGCAAGGGAUUACGGUUUUUCUAGCUAUCGUUAAUAUAUUUCACCAGUACUUUUGAAGCUGUAUAUGAUAUAAAGUAACGAGUGAUACAUUAUAGUGAGAGUUAGAAUAUAACUGUUCAACAUUCAACAUGACAUGUUGCAACUUGUCUGAGGGUGCCUUAGAGGUGAUAAUGCGGGGUGGUGACUAUCACCAACCUGUCUUGCAGAUUUUGGGAAUCAAAAGAGUAACUUCUGGAAGUGCAGAUAAACAACGUCACCGCAUAAUGGUAUCUGAUGGAAAACAUUCCGUUUCAUUUGCGAUGUUGACCACCCAGAUAAUUGAACAAGCUGGACCAAUCACUCCUUUAACUGUCAUCAAAGUUGAAAGAUUUAUUACAAGUAUGGUUAACAAUAGUGGCAGGGAGGACCAGCGAGUCUUACUUAUUUUGGAUAUGCAUAUAGUUGCUCCUGGAGAUCAAUUUGAAGAAAAAAUCGGUUCGCCUACACCACUUGAAAUCAGAUCCAAUGAUGAAUCUACUAGGAAUGGAGGAGCAUCAAACGGAUAUAACGCAGCUGAUUCAAGUACUGGGUCUAGAUCUAUAAAUUCAAACACGACUGUUACCAAUAGCAUAAAUUUGAAUAGUCAAAUCACACAUCCAAUUUCCAGUCUAAGCCCUUAUCAUAAUAAAUGGGUGAUUAAAGCCAGAGUUACCAAUAAAUCCUCUAUUCGUACUUGGUCUAAUUCUAAAGGAGAAGGAAAGCUUUUUAGUAUGGACCUUAUUGACGAAAGUGGUGAAAUAAGAUUAACUGCAUUUAGAGAUUCUGUGGAUAAAUUUUAUGAUUACAUACAAGUUGAUAAAGUAUACUACAUAAGUAAAUGUAUGUUAAAACCAGCAAACAAGCAAUUCAGCACCUUAAAAAAUGACUACGAAAUGACUAUGACUUCAGAAACUGUUAUUCAGGAAUGUUUGGAGUCUGACGUGUCGUCUAUUCCACAGACUAAAUAUGAUUUUGUUACCAUCGAUAAGAUUUCAAGUUUGGAACAAAACACUAUGGUUGAUGUUAUCGGAGUUGUUAAAAGCGUCAGCGAUUUACAAACAUUUCAAGCCAGAUCAACGGGAAGAGAGAUGAAGAAAAAGGAAGUGCUUUUGGUCGAUCAAACAAAUACAGCUGUAACAUUAACCCUGUGGGGUGCCGAUGCAGAGAACUUCGACGGCACCAACAAUCCCGUGGUGGUCAUAAAAUGUGGCCGGAUAUCGGAAUUUGGAGGAGGAAAAAGUAUAUCCAGCAUAGGCAGCACCAACAUUAAAAUCAACCCCGAUAUGAAAGAAUGCUAUCGUAUUCGUGGCUGGUACGACAGCGAAGGAAGUAACAUAGAAACGACAAAUAUAAGCGCCAGAUCGGGUCUUGGAAACUUCUCUGCACCUUGGAUGAGCUUUAAGGAAGUGACGGAUCAGGGCCUUGGCAACGGCGAAAGGGGCGAUUACUAUCAAGUUAUGGGAACCAUUUUGUUGAUAAGGACAGAGAACGCCAUUUACAAGGCGUGCCCCACCCCGGACUGUAAUAAGAAAAUUAUCGACAUGGAAAAUCAGAUGUAUCGGUGCGAGAAAUGCAACAGGGAAUUUCCGAACUUCAAAUAUCGCUUGCUGGCAAGUAUGAACGUUGGAGACUGGAGCGGCAAUCAGUGGGUGAGCAUGUUCAGUUCUGAAGUAGAGAAGGUCCUCGGUAUGACUUCACAGGAAGUGGGUGAGCAAAUUGAGCAGGAUUCGGAGGCUAUGGCCGCUAUCGCCGAUAAGGUUCACUUCAAGCAGUUCGUCAUGAAGUGUCGUGCAAAAAUGGAAACGUACAAUGACGAGACACGUUUAAAAACAGUUUGCAUUAAAGUCGACCCUAUCAACUACGAGGAGUAUAAUGCCCAUUUGAUCGGGAGGAUUCAACAGCUCACAAAUUAAAUUAUUUAAGUUAGAUUUACGAUCUUAUAUGUUAAGUUUGUUUAUAUUGUUCAAGGUAUAUUUUUAGUUUUUUUAAUCUCUUCUACACAUUUAAAUGCAUUAGUUUUAUAGUACCCGUAAUUUAAUGUAUUUUGUUUUUGCUUAUACUUAUAUAUAAUAAUAAAGAAUUUA